AUGCACACACAUGACGCUAUUGCUCGUUCUUGGGUGGAGAAAGAUGAAGUUACUGGCGAAACACUUGGCAGUAUUAGUUGUCCAAGUGGAAAAGGAAAGCGACUCAUUAUUCUUCAUGCUGGUUCUGAAGAUGGCUGGAUUCCAAACUGUGAUUUGGUAUACCAGUCAAUUGAAGAAGAGGGUGAUUACCAUGAAGAAAUGAAUUGCCAAUCUUUUGAAAACUUGUUUGAAAAUAACUUAAUACCAAAUAUUCCACCCAAUUCAUUAAUUGUCAUGGAUAAUGUGUCGUAUCAUUCAAGAAGGUUUGAGCCAUUGCCAACUAGUAAUUGGAGGAAAGGUGACAUGAUUACAUGGCUAACAAAUAAAGGUAUACCACUCCCCACUAAAGGCAUAAAGCAGAAUCUUUACGCAAUCAUUAAGAAACACAAGGAGAAAUACAGAAAAUAUGUCAUCGAUGAAAUGGCAAAAACAGCUGGACAUGAAGUUGUAUGUUUACCUCUAUAUUAUUGUGAACUAAAUCCUAUUGAAAUGGCAUGGUCACAAGUCAAACACUAUGGAAAAACACAAUUUAGAAUUCAUGCUAGACGCAUUACAUCGUCUUGUGAAUGA